UGCAGGCUUUCGAAGAGGCAUCAUCUUCAAAAUGAUAAAAGAAGAUUACUAGAGAGCUGUUACUCCUUAUACGUCAGCACAAAUGGUUCUUAAAUCGACAUCAGCAGGUAACGUUUCUGUGUACCAGGUUGCUGGUACCAAUGUUUCCAGAUCAUUACCAGAUUGGAUUGCUAAAAAGAGAAAGAGAGCUUUGAAGAAUGAUAUUGACUAUCAAAAUCGUAUAGAAUUAAUCCAGGAUUUUGAAUUUAGUGAAGCUUCUAAUAGAAUAAAAGUGACUCCAGAUGGACAAUACGCUAUCGCCACUGGUACUUAUAAACCACAGAUGCACGUUUAUGAUUUUGCAAAUUUAUCUUUAAAGUUUGAUAGACAUACCGAUUGUGAAAAUGUUGAUUUUUUAAUAUUGUCUAAUGAUUGGACUAAGUCGAUUCAUUUACAAAAUGACAGAUCAAUAGAGUUUCAAACCAGAGGAGGUAUUCAUUAUAGAACAAGAAUCCCAAAGUUUGGUAGAGAUAUGACAUAUAACCCUGUAAAUUGUGAUUUAGUGGUUGGUGCAUCAGGUAAUGAAUUAUACAGAUUAAAUUUGGAUCAAGGUAGAUUUUUGAAUCCUUACAUUCUUGAUACUGAUCAGGGUGUCAACUCAGUAGAUUUAAACCCCGUUCACGGUUUACUAUGCGCCGGUCUUGAAGACGGUACCGUUGAAUUUUGGGAUCCAAGAAGUAGACAAAGAGCAGCUAAAUUAUUUGUUGCUGAUCAACUUAGUGAACCAACUCAAGUUACUACUACUAAAUUCAGAAACGAUGGUUUAAAUUUCGCAUGUGGGACUUCUAGUGGACAAUCACUAAUCUACGAUUUAAGAGCUUCCACCCCUUCUAUAGUUAAGGAUCAAGGAUAUGGAUUUGAAAUAAAGAAAAUUAUAUGGUUAGAUGAAAACUCUUCUGAUUCAGAUAAAAUCUUAACCAGUGAUAAAAGAAUUGCCAAGAUUUGGGAUCGUAAUGAUGGUAAAGCAUUUGCUUCAAUGGAACCAAGUGUUGACAUUAAUGAUGUUGCAUAUGUUAAAGACUCUGGUAUGUUCUUUAUGGCAAAUGAAGGUAUACCUAUGCAUACUUAUUAUAUUCCUAAUUUAGGCCCAGCACCAAAAUGGUGCUCAUUCUUAGAUAAUGUUACAGAAGAAAUGGAAGAAAAACCAUCUGAUUCUGUAUACUCUAAUUACAGAUUUAUCACAAGAGAUGAAGUUGGUAAGUUGAACUUAACUCACUUGAUCGGUACUAAAGUUUUACGUUCAUAUAUGCAUGGUUUCUUUAUUGAUACUGAAUUAUUCGAUAAGGUUAACUUAAUUGCUAAUCCUAAUUCCUAUAGAGACCAAAGAGAUCGUGAAAUUAGAAAGAAGAUUGAAAAAGAAAGAGAGUCAAGGAUCAGAUCUACUGGUGCUGUUUCUAAUACUAAAAUUAAGGUUAAUAAAGAUUUGGCUUCAAGAUUACAGGAAAGACAAGGAACUAAUAAUGCAGAAACUGUUAUCAAUGAUGACCGUUUCAAAGAAUUGUUUGAAAACCCAGAAUUCGCUGUUGAUGAACAAUCUCAUGAAUAUAAACAACUUAACCCUGUCAAGGCCGAAAAAGAUAUUACUAAAACUCGUGGUUUGACUGCUGCUGAAGAAUCAGAUGAAGAUAGAUUGAAAGGAUCACAAGAUGAAAAUGAUGAUUCAGAAAGCGACGAAUCUUCAUCUGAAGAUGAAGAAACUAGAGAACAAAAUAAGGAAAAGAUUCAAAAAGAAAUGGAAAAAUUACGUCGUAGAAAAGAAGCCCAAGCGGAAACUAAUCGAUUUAUGAAUGAAAUGAAAGAAGUUAAAGCAAAUACUAACCCAGAAGAAAAAUCUACCCAAUCGUUUGACUCUCAAGUUAAAAAGAUUAAUAAAAUCGCCAAAGAUAAGGCAUAUGAUAAAAAUGAUGCCAGAUUACGUCGUCAUGCUAGAGGUGAAGCUGAACUUACUUUUGUUCCUAAAAAACAACCAAAGAAACAAGUUAAAUUCAAAUCAGAUCAUGAUCAAGAAGAAGAUCCAGAAGCAGCCGCAAAUAAGGGAAGAACCAAACAACGAUACGAUGGCCGUAGAAGAGCAUCUAGAAAUGCCUUCCGUGGUAUGUAAAUUAACUUUUAUAUAUAGAUUUAUAGUCAUAAUGUAAUAAGAAUUUU